AAUUGACAUGGGACUUGGGUGUGGUGUUCUCUGUGCUGUACUGAUGGUUGUUCUACCUUCAUCAAGUCCAAAAUACUCUAUCCUUGGCCAUGUUCGAGGAACAGAUAUCUUCAAGGACAUCAUCGCCUAUCCUCAUGCUUGUGAACUUCAGGGAAUCAAGAUCCUUCGCUUCGAGUCAUCACUGUAUUACGUUAACACUGAGUAUUUCAAGAGUCUUGUACAGUCUAUCACGUCUGUAGGGAGCUCCUUUGAACGACGUGAUCAUGAGAAGAAGAAGGAGUACGAUAAACUAAAUGGAAACGUAGUGAACUGCAGGUCUAAAGUACUAAUGGAACAAGAGGAUUGCAGUAGUGAUGAG